AUGGCCAAGAACAAAUUAGGAGGGCAGAAGUCCAGGAAUGGACUUCACAAAGCCAGCCAAAAACACUUUAAGGCUAAAAACAAAGCAAAACCAGUUACCACGAAUCUAGAACUGAUUCCCCAUUGGCAUCAUGAAAGUGAACCAGUUAAUGUUGACAAAGCUACAGGAUUAAUGGCUUAG